UAUCUCCAACCAUGGGUAAAGUAGCGACAGCAGAUGCGAUGCGUUUCAUGACAGAGUGUCUAAAAGCGGUAGGGACAGCAGCAAAGGCGGCGGAACAACAGGCGGAGCUACUGUUGCAGGCAGACCGGCUGGGACACCCUAGCCAUGGCAUGAACAGACUUGAAUUCUACAUCAACGACAUUUUAAGCGGUGCCUGCAAGCCCAACAACCAGCCGAAGGUGUUGAAAGAGAACGCUUCCACGGCGCUGGUAGACGCUGACAACACCCUUGGUGCGGUCGCCAGCCAUUUCGCGAUGGAUAUUGCCAUUAAGAAGGCUAAGGAGACUGGAGUUGGUUGGGUUACUGUUAAAGGGUCAAACCACAAUGGCAUGGCAGGGUUUUGGGCCAAAAAGGCAUCAGACAAAGGACUCAUCGGCAUGGCUUUCACGAACACCUCCCCUUUACUCGCACCGACUAGAAGUAAAAAGGCAGCAUUAGGAACAAAUCCGCUUUCAGUCGUUGCUCCAGGAUCUAACGGGGAGACCCUAUACGUCGAUAUGGCCACAACUGCAGUUGCUGUUGGAAAGAUUGAAAUUCAGCGACGAAAGGGUGAACCCAUUCCAAGCGGCUGGGCGCAAGGUCCAGAUGGCAAGGAAACUACUGACGCCAACUUGGCGUUCGACACCGGCUGCUUGAUGCCUCUAGGAGGGCAGGAACAGACGUCUGGUUAUAAAGGAUAUGGUCUAGCAGCGAUGGUGGAGCUAUUUUGUGGAAUCAGCUCAGGAUCAAAAUACGGGCACCACGUCCGCUCAUGGUCCCACAGCGGCGAUGGCGGCCCCGCUAAUCUCGGCCACUGCUUCGUGGCUGUGGACCCAGAGUGCUUCGCACCAGGCUUCGGAGACCGCCUCGCUGAGAGCAUGAACCACUGGAGGCAUUUGGAACCGGCGGACCCCAACCUGCCAGUCCUAGCACCAGGAGACAAGGAACGCGCAGCAGCUAAAGUGUGCGACGAAAGCGGAACCGUGUCUUAUGUGCAGCAGCAGCUGGCAGCCAGCGAAGCACUGGCUAAGAAGCUCAAGGUCACGCCUAUGAAAGUGCUUUAAC